AUGGCAGGCCUUGCAGUCCCCAUUGGCCAUACCGCAGCGCCCUUCGACCCAAACAUAUCCAACGGGACAUGCUACUUUGCGCCCGGCCGGCCGCACACGGGGCCGUACAUACCGUGCGGAAUCGCAGGGCUUCCCGGUCCUGCGCUGAGUGGAGGAGCAGUUCAAGGAGAAAGAGCUGCUAGCAGUGUCGACGGCGGAGCAGGAGGAAACCCGGCACUGGCGUGUUGCGUCAUGGGCGACUAUUGCGAGUCGAGCCAUGCUUGUUACAGUCCCGACACCGACAACGUCUACCUUGCAGGCUGUGCAGACCCCGAGUACAAGUCCACAGCGUGUCCAUACAAGUCUGAUGCCUUUGCCAGCCAGGAAUGGGUUGGCAUGGUCUGGUCGUGCGAGGCGUCCGAGCAGCAUGGUGGCCGCGCAGAUCAAGAAGAGGCACGGAACAAAACAAAAGAACCUGGCAGAAGCCUCGCCGACUCAUUCCACGCCCCGAACAUCACUCGUCGUGUUGCUCCGCGAGGCAUGAUGAUGAAGGAUCUCGGCCUGGCCAACAUCUCCAUCACCGAAGGCCAUACCCCGAGCCAUGCUGCUGCCGGGCAUGCUUCCCCUGGCAAUAUCCUCGCCGACAGCGGUAACAGUGACGGGCUGAUCGGCUGGUCGGGCUGCCCGCUCCCGCAUCCCGACUCAGUUGUGCCCGAGCGCAUGUACAACAUGUGUGACCCAUGCUUGCUGGAGCGGGACGCGCUAUUCAUGGACAAACGCUACCUUACCCGUGUGGCAAAGCUGCCGGACGGCAUUGGCGGCGUCGUCGCGUGGGAGCCGGGCUUCGGCCCCGGCACGCCCGGUGGGUUUGGGGCCAGUGCUGGCGGAUCGGAGGGAAGUUUGGCGCCUGCGCCGUCAGUUGGGCUGUCGGCGGGGACGACGACAAUGAGCUCGUGUGUUUCGACUAUGAGUAGCACUGGUGUUGUUGCUGGUGGUACUGAUACAACGACAGCGAGGGAUAGUCAAAGUGUAGUUCCGACCCUGACAGAUGAUGACUCUGCGACUGAGGCACAUCCCGCGGCGAGCAGGACAAACAUCAUCGUCGGAUCGACCAGCGCUGUGGUCAUCGUCCUCCUGGCCGGCGCACUGGCAUGGCUGCUCGUGAAGCGGCAGCAGCGCAAGAGACAGGAGCGGCGCGUCAUCCGGGAGACCCAUCUCGCGCUCGCAAGAAGCCCUUCACCUCCCCAGAUAUCCUCGCGUGCUCACAGUGCGGGAAGCAUUCCUGCUCAGCAUAAUAACUUGGGCAGCGCGGAUGGGACUUAUCGUGGUCUCCCGAGCAGCAGAUCCAUGUCCCAGGUCACUGCGCGAGUGGGAACCUCGAGUCUUCUGCCAUCCAUGGACAGCACGUCACAUGGUCGAGGAGCGGCACAUCUGGGCCCGGCCGGCGAUAUACGACGAUGGAGCACCGCCACAGACUUCACAGUCACUUCCAGCUCGUCGCGCACCGCCAUGGAAGCGAUUACGGCUCAGACGACGAACCAAUCUUCCCAGACAGCCAUCACGCCUGUCUCGGUGUGUUCUCCGACAGCUGCAACGCCAGGCAUCAAGAGAUAUUCCACAGCAUUGACAGCCGGUGAUGCAGCGUUUGACGGCGAUGCCGCUGACGAUCGUGACUACUGCUUCCGCACCGCCACAAGACAAGACAGCAUUCAGCUGGACGGCAGCACUCCUACAAGCAGACGUCUAAGCGCAGCCGGCGACCGGAUCGUCGAGCUGGAGAACCACAUUGACCGCAAGUUGCAUGCCCAGGGUAGACGGGAACGGGAGCAACCUGGCGACGGGGUCCCGUUUGAGCUUUUGUCUCCAGAGGCUGUGUAUGUCCCGCCGAGCAUCGAAAGCGUGAGAGACGGAUGUCCGCAGUACAGGGAGGAAGAACAUGAGGAAGACGAAGGUGACGACGACGAUGUUGAUGAGGACAGCCGGUCGUUUUCCUCAUACCAGGGCGGCACGAUACAGCAUAUCCAGCAGCUUCGUAUGCGGAUCGUCGACCCGAACACUGCACGUGUGCUGAUUCUGGGUAAGAACAAUGAAGGCACAAACAAAAUCGAGGGCAAGGACUCUGAGAAAGCCUGA